AUGCAAAACAUAUCCAACACAAGCUCAAAAGAAACAAAUAGAAACCUUCACUUGAGCGACUUGAAAAAAGGCAGUGUACUUGCCAACACAGCUGCUUUGUCACCUAAAACACCACCUGCUGUCACGGCUGCUCUUUUAUCAGACUCUCUUUUCCCACCUAGAAAACCAAAGAUGGAUGAUACUGCUUCUCAGCAUGGUGAGGAUGAAUCGGAGGAUGAAGAAGGUAAUAAGCGAAAAGAAGAUCCUUUAGCUACUCAGGUCUGGAGACUUUAUACAAAAGCAAAAGAUACGUUACCUAAUGGUUCACGAUUGGAGAAUUUGACAUGGCGUAUGAUGGCAAUGACAUUGAAUAAAAAGAAAAAAGCAGAAACAGAAGCAGCAGCAGCAGCAACAACAGCAACAACAGAAGAAGAGGAAGAAGAAGAGGAAGAUGAUGUCAUGGAAGAAAACAUCACAAGUAUGUCUCCUCCUCCUCCUGAUGAUACAACCACUUUUUUAUCUUCAUCUGCUCCACCUUAUAUGUUGGAUUUCAUGACAAUGGGUCAGCAACAUUUUUUUCAACAACAGCCAUUCCCCCAACAACAACAACAACAACAACAACAACAACAACAACAACAACAACAACAUCAAGUCUUUCAUCACCCUCCUAUUAUACAAGAACAGAAAAGGAAUGUGAUGGUCUAUGGCUCUACAAGGGCAUCUACGCCUGCUAAUUUACAUAUGACCAGUUUAAACAACACCUUCAAAAGCAAUGCCAGUAGUAGCAACAAUAGUACGACCACUAGUAGUAGUCACCUGAACCAUAACGUGUUUGGAAGCAUGUAUGGUGCAAACAGUAUAACCAUUCCAGCAGAUAUGGAUAUCACCGACGAUUAUCGCACGAAUGAUGCCAAUCUAUCGCCACUCUCUAGCGCCUCUUCAUUCCAACCCUCCACGUCUAUCGAAUCGAAUCAAUUUAACAGUUAUUUCAGUCAAUCCGUCCCUAGUUAUCAUCAUAAUUUCCAACAAAACUAUGCAACAAGUCCUGGUGGUUUGUUUCCUCAAUUAGGCUCUACUUUACCAGAGUCUCAACAACAGCAAUUCUUUGCUGCCACACCUACAGAAAAUACACCUUCUCCUGCUGCUUAUUCACCCCUCACAACAAACAAUGCAGGUGCAUUGAGUUUUGAGGAUUUGCUGACCAUGUAUUAUGUGAAUGGAAGUUCUACAGCACAAACAACACAGGCCACAUCCAAUGCAGCCAUAGCAGCAGCAGCAGCAACAGCCGUGGCGGUUGCAGGCACACCGCCCUCUGCAUCGAACCCGAUGGCCAUUGGUCAUUUACCACCCAAUCCAAGUUUUUCAUUACCCCAGCAACGAUCUCAAGAUGGCUUAGUGUCACCCAACGGACAAUCUCCUCCUCUUACAACAUCAUUUAAUAAUAACAGUACGCUAUCAAGACUGGCUAAAAACAAUGAAGAUCAAUCUAAUUCAUCGAUAGUCGGAUCCCCAAUCCUCCAGAAAAAUACUUGUCCGAACAACCAUCAAGAUAAGCAAUCAGAAGAAACUCCUAUCACAGUCAAGAAAGAAAGCAGUACCAACGCCAAUACAAAAUGUACCAAUUGUGAGACGACCACGACUCCUCUAUGGCGUCGUAAUCCAGAAGGUCAGCCUUUAUGUAAUGCCUGUGGUCUGUUCCUCAAGUUACACGGUGUAGUGCGUCCCUUAAGUCUAAAGACAGAUGUUAUCAAGAAAAGAAACCGAAGUGGUAAUUCAAACACAACAGUGGCUGCUCAAAAAGUAAAUGGGAUCAGUCCAAUCAGUACAACACCAACCACCAACACAAAUAGUAUGAGUGGAAAAAAGCCUAAUACAUUCUUACAAGCAAGUCCUGUCAACAACACAACGUAUAAAAGACAAUCGAUAGGAAGUGGUAUGGUCAAUAUUGCACCUACAAGUACACCAUCACCUGCAUCCACACCCGCUGUACAACAACAACAACAGAGUAGUGGAGGAGGAUCUGGUGGUAGACCUAUCACAUUUACCACAUCUCGAUGGGGUACACAAGCCAUUACAAAACGUCAAAGAAGACAUUCUAUUGAUGAAAAUAAGCCACAACAACAACAACAGCAACAACAAAUUUUACCUCAACCACAACCUCAACAAGGUGUAUUUCGUAUUGGUUCUGUUAAUACACAACAAUAUCCUCCUUCUAAUUCUUCUUCUUCAUAG